AUGCAGCCUCUAUCCCAGUCCUCGUCCCCAAUCGCGGCCACUCGAUCGAAUCCGACAUCUGCCCUUCCAAGAGUUGAGGAAGAAGGCGUGGCCGGGUCCAGCUCGAGCGAGCCUGUCGCUGACUCGCACUCGCCUACAAUCACGGCCAACUCAGACGAAGAAGAGCCGCUUGCAGAGAGUGAGGUCCAAUCAGAGUUUGUGCGCGAAGCCUACGGUCCUCACCCGGGCGAAAAGGGAUGGGAUUUUUAUGAGGUCACCAUCCCCGAGGGCGAUCCUGAGCAUCCAAGGAGUUGGUCAAGACCGUAUCGGUGGUAUCUGACAAUGCUUGGCGCGUUUUUGGUCCUGAAUGCUACCUUUGCGAGUUCGAUACCGGAAGGAAUCAUCUAUGACAUGAUGGAUUACUUUACGUUCAGCGAAGAAGUGGCAACAUUGACAAUCGCUCUCUUUGUUGCGGGCUACUGUGUUGGUCCUCUGCUGUGGGGGCCUCUAUCAGAGCAGUUCGGGCGGCGGAUAAUUUUCAUCAUUACCUUCGUGAUCUACGUCUGCUUCCAAGUGGGCUGCGCGCUCUCGCGAAAUACCGCGUCAAUCCUGGUCUUCCGUUUCCUCGGUGGUACCUUUGCGGCAGCUCCACUGUCCAACAGCGGUGCGCUGCUGUCCGAUAUCUGGGAUGCGGGCACGCGAGGAGAGGCCAUGGCUUUCUUCACCCUCGCACCGUUCGCGGGACCGACGCUCGGACCGAUCGUCUCUGGCUUCAUGAGCGUUUCGGGCGUCUCCUGGCGAUGGGUUUAUUGGUUGCUGACGUUCUUUUCUGGCGCCUGUCUGAUCCUGAUCGUGUUCACGCUGCCGGAAACCUUCCUGCCGGUCCUCAUGGUACGGAAGGCGGAGCGAUUGCGCAAGGAGACGGGGGAUGACCGGUACUGGGCUCCGAUGAACAAGCAGAAGAAAACGAUCAGGCAGCAUAUCAAGCAUGUUCUCGCAAGGCCGUUCGUCAUUCUCUUCCGGGAACCUAUGUUGAUGGCCAUCACCUUGUACAUGAGUUUCGUGUACGGCUGCAUGUACCUCCUGUUCGAGGCGUAUCCCGUCGUCUUUUUGGAGGGGCACCACCUCAGCAUGGGCAUCUUCGGUCUGACGUUCCUGCCGAUCUUCCUGGGCGGCUGCACAGACUACCCGCUCAUCUUCAACACGCGGUACGUGCGCUCGCAGAAAAAGCACGCACCGCACCCCGUGCCGCCCGAGAAACGACUCGAAGUCGCGAUGUUUGCCGCGCCGAUGUUCAUGGCCUCGUUCUUCUGGUUCGGCUGGACGUCGUACCCGAGCAUUUCGCUCUGGGCGGCGCUCAUCGCGGGCUACCCGCUCGGAUGGAGCAUCGUGUGGAUUUUCCUCGCGCUGUUCAACUACGUGGCCGACGCGUACCUCUUCGUCGCAGCGUCCGCGCUCGCUUCGCUUACCGUCGUGCGGUCGUGCUUCGGCGCCGGCUUCCCGAUGUUCGCUACGCAGAUGUUUGAGCGGCUCAACUCGCGCUGGGCGUCGACUCUUCUUGGAUUCAUCGCGCUGCUCAUGGCGCCCAUCCCGUUCGUGCUGUUCAAGUAUGGGCCUAUUAUCAGGAAGAAGUCAAAGUAUGCGCCGACGAAGCCGAUGCCAACGCCCGUCAAGGAGAUGACACAGGCGGACGCCGCCAAUCAGGCAUGA